GUGCUGGCGAAUUCCCUGAAGCACCUUCUUAGCUGAGACCAGCGCCGCCGGGCUCCAGCAGCGGUUCCUUACGCGCGCGCCCGCAUCACGUGGGCCGAGGCUCCCUCGCGGUCGCUGGCGGGCCAGUGAGCCGGGAGGAAAGAAGCUGCGGCUACCGCUCACUCUCCCACUGCGCCCUAGGGCGGGCGCGCGGAUAAAAAUGGCGAAGUGGGGGUAGCUGGCGCCGAACCUGAAGCGAUGGGGCGCGCAGGUGGGGCGGUCGUCGGAGGCCCCUGACGUGAGCGCCUGGCUGUUCUCGGCGAUUUGACCUGGCGACCUCGGGCCGGCGCCUAAUAGGUCAGACCACGGGCUCCGCGGGUCGUCGAGGCCCCCGCCGAGAGCCGGAGGCAAUGGAUGAACAGAGCGUGGAGAGCAUUGCUGAGGUUUUCAGAUGUUUCAUUUGUAUGGAGAAAUUGCGGGAUGCACGCCUGUGUCCUCAUUGCUCCAAGCUUUGUUGUUUUAGCUGCAUCAGGCGCUGGCUGACAGAGCAGAGAGCUCAGUGUCCUCAUUGCCGUGCUCCCCUCCAGCUACGAGAACUAGUAAACUGUCGUUGGGCGGAAGAAGUAACACAGCAGCUUGAUACCCUUCAACUCUGCAGUCUCACCAAACAUGAAGAAAAUGAAAAGGACAAAUGUGAAAAUCACCAUGAAAAACUUAGUGUAUUUUGCUGGACUUGUAAGAAAUGUAUCUGCCAUCAGUGUGCACUUUGGGGAGGAAUGCAUGGUGGACAUACCUUUAAACCUUUGGCGGAAAUUUAUGAACAGCAUGUUACUAAAGUGAAUGAAGAGGUAGCCAAACUUCGUCGACGUCUCAUGGAACUGAUCAGCUUAGUUCAAGAAGUGGAAAGAAAUGUAGAAGCUGUAAGAAAUGCAAAAGAUGAGCGUGUUCGGGAAAUUAGAAAUGCAGUGGAGAUGAUGAUUGCACGGUUAGACACACAGCUGAAGAAUAAGCUUAUUACACUGAUGGGUCAGAAGACAUCUCUGACACAAGAAACAGAGCUGUUGGAAUCCUUACUUCAGGAGGUAGAGCACCAGUUGCGGUCUUGUAGUAAGAGUGAAUUGAUAUCUAAGAGCUCAGAGAUCCUUAUGAUGUUUCAGCAAGUUCAUCGAAAGCCCAUGGCAUCCUUUGUUACCACUCCUGUUCCACCAGACUUUACCAGUGAAUUGGUACCAUCUUAUGAUUCAGCUACAUUUGUUUUAGAGAAUUUCAGUACUUUGCGCCAGAGAGCAGAUCCUGUUUACAGUCCACCUCUUCAAGUUUCAGGACUUUGUUGGAGGUUAAAAGUUUACCCAGAUGGAAAUGGAGUUGUUCGGGGUUACUACUUAUCUGUGUUUCUGGAACUCUCAGCUGGCUUGCCAGAAACUUCCAAGUAUGAAUAUCGUGUAGAGAUGGUUCAUCAGUCCUGCAAUGAUCCUACCAAAAAUAUCAUUCGAGAAUUUGCAUCUGACUUUGAAGUUGGAGAAUGCUGGGGUUAUAAUAGAUUUUUCCGUUUGGACUUACUUGCAAAUGAAGGAUACUUGAAUCGACAAAAUGAUACAGUGAUUUUAAGGUUUCAGGUUCGUUCGCCAACUUUCUUUCAAAAAUGCCGGGACCAGCAUUGGUAUAUUACUCAAUUGGAAUCUGCACAGACUAGUUAUAUCCAACAAAUAAAUAACCUUAAAGAGAGACUUACUAUUGAGUUGUCUCGAACUCAGAAAUCAAGGGAUUUGUCACCACCUGAUAAUCAUCUUAGCCCCCAAAAUGAUGACACUCCUGAGACAAGAGCUAAGAAGUCUGGAUCAUGUGCUGAUACGCUUCUGCAGGAUGGUCCUACUGCAGCUUCUGUAAGAGAGGCCAAAGAAGAUGAAGAAGAUGAGGAGAAGAUUCAGAAUGAAGAUUAUCAUCAUGAGCUUUCAGAUGGAGAUCUGGACCUGGAUCUUGUUGGUGAAGAUGAAGUAAAUCGCCUCGAUGGCAGCAGCUCCUCUGCCAGUUCCACAGCAACAAGUAACACGGAAGAAAAUGACAUUGAUGAAGAAACUAUGUCUGGAGAAAAUGAUGUCGAAUACAACAACAUGGAAUUGGAAGAGGGAGAACUCAUGGAAGAUGCAGCUGCUGCAGGACUUCCAGGUAGUAACCAUGCCUAUGUGGGUGCCAGUAGCAGAAUGUCAAGAAGAGCACAUUUAUGCUCUGCUGCUACCAGUAGUUUAUUAGACAUUGAUCCUUUAAUUUUAAUACAUUUGUUGGACCUUAAGGACCGGAGCAGUAUGGAAAAUUUGUGGGGCUUACAACCUCGCCCACCUGCUUCACUUUUGCAACCCGCAGCAUAUUCUCGAAAAGAUAAAGACCAAAGGAAGCAACAGGCGAUGUGGCGAGUUCCCUCUGAUUUAAAGAUGCUAAAAAGACUCAAAACUCAAAUGGCUGAAGUCCGAUGUAUGAAAACUGAUGUAAAGAACACACUUUCAGAAAUAAAAAGCAGCAAUGCUGCUUCUGGAGACAUGCCAGCAGGCCUUCUUUCUGCUGACCAGGCAGCUCUGGCUGCAUGUGGAACCGAAAACUCUGGUAGAUUACAGGAUUUGGGAAUGGAGCUCUUGGCAAAGUCAUCAGCUGCCAGUUGUUACAUACGAAACUCCACAAGUAAGAAGAGUAAUUCACCCAAGCCAGCUCGGUCCAGUAUAGCAGGUAGUCUGUCUCUUCGAAGAGCAGUAGACUCUGGGGAAAAUAGCCGUUCUAAAGGAGACUGUCAAACUUUGUCUGAAGGCUCCCCGGGAAGCACUCAGUCUGGGAGCAGGCAUAGUUCUCCCCGAGCCUUGACACAGGGCAGUAUCACUGACAUUCUGCCGAAAUCUGAAGACCGGCAGUGUCAAGCUUUGGAUUCAGGUGCUCUUGUGGUUGCGGUUUUUAAUGGCUUACCUACGGUAGAGAAAAGGAGAAAAAUGGUCACCUUGGGGACUAAUGCUAAAGGAGGUCUCCUGGAAGGAAUGCAGAUGACUGAUUUGGAAAAUAAUUCUGAAACUGGGGAAUUACAGCCUAUACUACCUGAAGGAGCUUCAGCUGCCCCGGAGGAAGGAAUGAGUAGCGACAGUGAUAUUGAGUGUGACACUGAGAAUGAGGAGCAGGAAGAGCACACCGGCAUGGGCGGAUUUAGCGACUCUUUCAUGGCGCAGCCCCCAGAUGAAGAUACGCAUUCCAGUUUUCCUGAUGGUGAACAAAUUGGCCCUGAAGAUCUCAGCUUCAAUACUGAUGAAAACAGCGGAAGGUAAUUUUCAAAUCAAGAGAACUGACUUGCAAGCUACCUUGACACUGAAAUUGGCAGUGGUUGGUGCUUAAACUUGUCAUCAGUCAGAUAAUCAGAUUUGGUCUUAUUUUUUUCAUUGUCUCUACGUGAAAUAGUAAUUCUGAAACUUUAGAAAGUAGCACAAUUCUAGUGAUAAGACAUUAGUAUAUAAGGAAAAAUUAACAGUGUGGGAGGAAUUUUGUGUAUUGUAAUGAAAUAGCAGUGUAGUCCUCAAUUAAUUUAGUCAAUUAGUAUAUUCAUAAAAGGCAGUCUGUCUGCAACAACAGACGAGCAAUUAACUGCCAGAAAAUGUACCUAGAGACAGUGCACGCGCUCAGUUACCCGCUCAGCAUCGGUGCUCUUCUGCCCUUGGCUAGAUACUCAGUUGUGUUUAAACGACCACCCUCAUGUCUUGGGUUUUAAUCACAGUUUAUAGUUUCUUUAGCGCCUGUAGAUUAGUGAACAGAAAAUUUACUUAUGUGUAGAUUAUGCCCUGUAGACACUUCAUGUGAAUUUAUUAUGUUAUUAUUAGUAACGCUAGACUGAAUCUCCUCUUUGGAAUAUGUUGACUGACUAGGGUGAAUUUAUUUAUCUUUCCUGGUUUGUGCAAGUGCAGGCACACUGAGUAAUGGCACACAAUCUUUCUUUUGUGGCUUUUGCAAAUUUUAAAUGAAUUAAGUUAAUGUGGAUUGGUUAUGUUCCUGGUCAUAUGAACACAUACACGUGAGAUCAUUCAAAAUUAUUUCAUUUUUCUCCCUGUUUCUUCCUAAACAACUAUAGUGCAACAAGUAUUUUAAAGCCCUCUCUUCUCCUUUAUUUUCAUUAGUUGAACAUUGAUGUCAGUGUCAGUACAUUAAAGAUCGUACAUACUACACAGUAUCUUACGUGAGACUGUGGUAUAAAGUUUACUUUCAUACUCAGAAUUAGUCCAAAAUAAUUGCCAAACUUUGCCAUUGUGUUCCUGCAUUUGUGUUUGAGCUGCUGUACUGUUUGUGAAAAUUACACUGAAAGUUGACUAAGAGACUAUAGAAAAGCAUGAAUAUAUAUAUAUAAUAAUAUAUAUAUAUGUAUGAGGCAUCUCAUCUGCUUAUUUUUUACUUAAUGAAUAAUGUUCCCUUUUCCACAUCUAAUGUUUUGCUGAAUGCUGUGAUUCAUGGUUUGCUUUUGUUCAAAACAGUUUGCACUUUUUGUUAAUAAAAUGAACUUGAGAAAA